AUGUUUUCCCAAAUAGGCGGAGCCAGGCUCCUGACGCUGUCCGCGUUCCUUCUUCCUUCAACCCUCGCCGCCGGCGCAUGGAACAGUUCCUCAUCUGUCGUUCCAGGACGAUAUCUCGUUGAGUUUGAGGACAGCACUGAUGCUACCUCACAUAUAUUCUUUUCGUCUCUUUCUGAAAACGCCAUUGCAGCAACUCCUGUCGUCACUCUCGACUAUUCGUUGUUCAAAGGUGCCUCAUUUGACUUGGGCGAUGUCGGCAACGAAAAAGCCCAUGUGCAGAAAAUCCUGUCUUUGCCUUCCGUGAAGAGUAUCCAACCGGUUCGCGCCUACUCUCUUUCAGAGACUUCCGGAUAUACUGUGAACCAAGGCUCUGUACUUCCUCCAGCUCCAGGUCCGAACUCAUUGACCUCCACCCCGGACACCUUUAGUCCUCAUGUCAUGACCGGUGUAGACAAACUCCACGAUGAGGGCCACUUUGGUACUGGCAUCAAGGUUGCGAUUGUGGACACUGGAAUCGACUACACCCACCCAGCCCUCGGUGGAUGCUUCGGCGAAGGUUGCAAGAUCGGGUUUGGAAAAGAUCUUGUUGGCAACGACUUCACGGGGGCAAAUACUCCAGUUCCAGGUGACGACCCCAUGGACUGCAGCGGACAUGGCACUCACGUUGCGGGUAUCCUGGCUGCAGACUCCGUUGCACCCCAGUUUACUGGUGUUGCUCCCAACGUGACAGUCGGCAUUUAUCGUGUCUUUGGUUGUUCAGGCAUUACUACCACCGAUGUCUUGGUUCAAGCAUUCAUGGAGGCUUAUGAGGCAGGUGCGCAGGUUAUAACUGCCUCCCUUGGCGAUGCCUCUGGUUGGAGUGAAGAACCUUCGGCUGUGGCUCUAUCUCGAAUCGUGGAAGCCGGAGUGCCUUGCACAAUUGCAGCAGGCAAUGAUGGUGACAUUGGGGUCUUUUAUGCGGAAGCACCUGCUACAGGGCACGGCAUCACUGCAGUGGCGUCUGUUGAUAAUAUUGUCACUCCGGUUCUGUUCAAAAAUGCAAGUUGGUCGACCGAGAAUGAUACUACGCCAGUACCAUUUACAUGGGUUCCAUUUGCUCCUGCGAACAUCCCGAAUGGCACCUAUCUGCUUCAUGAUAUCGUGAACGGCAGCGCCGAUACUUUCAUUAUCUGCAACGAAAAUUUCACCAUCACAGACGACCUUACUGGAAAGGUUGCGCUCGUGCCCCUUGAUAGCGGUUGCACUUCUGGUGCUGGAAUUCUUGAUAUGGUUGUAGCGGCUGGUACCAAGUACGUUUUGUGGUACUCCUCUAGGGUUGGAACUAUACAGAGUAUCAACGCCACUACAUGGAAUACUGGAAUCGAGUCAAUCGGUAUGGUAACCGACGACCUGGGUGAGGAAUGGCUGAAGAUGAUUGCAGCUGGAGACCCCGUUUCUGUCCACAUGAUUACUCCUAAAUAUUUGGAUUACUAUGUGGUAAACACACCCAACGCUGAUUCUGGUGGAUAUGUCAGCCACUUCUCAAGCUGGGGGCCUACAUUUGAAGUUGACGUCAGACCACAGGUUGCCGCGCCUGGGGGCAGUAUUCUUUCCACAUAUCCCCUGGACCUGGGAGCCUACUAUAUUGAUACUGGCACAUCUAUGGCUACUCCUUUUGUUGCGGGUGCUAUGGCCCUCAUCUUGGAGGCCCGUGGAAAGCUGGACCCAGCUACAAUCAAGAGCAUUCUUUCGGCCACUGCCACUCCAAAACUUUACAACGAUGGCCAAUCUACCUACUCCUACUUGGCUCCUGUGGCACAGCAAGGUGCUGGUCUUGUCAAUGUUUAUGAUGCGGUGAAUGCGGUAGGUGUUUUGAACAUCUCCAGUAUCUCCUUCAACGAUACCGCGCACUUUACAAACUAUGCGGCCUUUGAGAUUCAAAAUACUGGAAAUGAAACCGUCACUUAUACCAUCGACUACGUUUCUACCGGCUCCGUAUAUACCUUGCCAGCUAGUGGUGACCCCAUGCCAUCAGAGGGCGGAGACGGUGUUGCCCUAGAUAUCACCACUGCUUCUAGCGCGACGUUGACCUUAACCUCUGAUACUGUCACCAUCGAGGCAGGAAAGUCUGCAUCCAUAGGGGUGUCAGCCACGCUUCCUAAUUUGACGGCCUCUCGUAUUCCUGUUUACGGCGGAUACGUCACUCUCAACGGUACGAAUAAUGAAUAUCUUACCCUACCCUACAUGGGUGUGGCAUCUAACUUGUACGACGCUGUCAUAUUCGAUACCGCCGAUAAUCUCACGUACGUGUCCCGAUACUUUAGUUUUGAUGCUGUGCCUUCGGGUUACGCUUUCACACUCCCACCUCAGAACAGCACCGAUGAAGAAAAGGAGCUAUACGAUUUUCCCGUACCAGUAUCAACGGAUGCGUUUGGAACUCGUGUCCUCCGCCUUGACCUAGCUCCUGCUUAUUCCAAUAGCACAGUCAACACCACGGAAGUUCUCGGAGAGAAGAUCGUUGGUUCUGUUUCUGCCUUUCCAGCCAUUGCACAGCCAAGAGGACAGUGGCACGCCUUUUGGUAUGGUGACCUGAGCGAUGGCACCUUUGCUCCUCCUGGAGACUAUGUUUUCCUUUUCCGUGCCCUGAAGGUCUUUGGUAAUGAAAGCGCAGCAGAGGACUACGAGACCGUCUGGAGCAAUCCCUUCUCGAUUAUUUACAACACUACCACCACGGCCUCUUGA